AUGGAGUUUGGAGGGGCAAUCACCAUCUUUCUGGCACUCUGCUUGUCUUGCAUGCUCAUCCUCAUUGCCUGGAAACGAGUCAAGAAGGGAAGAGAGCUGCCCCCAGGUCCCACUCCGAUACCUUUCCUGGGAAACUUGCUACAAGUUCGCACUGAUGCCACCUUCCAGUCUUUCAUGAAGCUCAGGGAAAAAUAUGGCUCUGUGUUCACUGUGUACAUGGGUCCCCGGCCGGUAGUUGUUUUAUGCGGACAUGAAGCAGUGAAGGAAGCCCUGGUAGACCGAGCAGAUGAGUUCAGUGGCCGUGGAGAAUUAGCUUCAGUAGAGCGAAACUUCCAAGGUCACGGUGUAGCUCUGGCCAAUGGAGACCGAUGGAGGAUUCUCCGACGCUUCUCCCUGACCAUCCUUCGGGACUUCGGGAUGGGAAAGCGGAGCAUUGAGGAGCGGAUUCAGGAGGAGGCCAGCUACCUACUGGAAGAAUUCCGGAAGACCAAGGGUGCCCCCAUCGAACCCACCUUCUUCCUGAGCCGCACGGCCUCCAACGUCAUCAGUUCUGUUGUCUUUGGAAGCCGCUUUGACUAUGAGGACAAGCAGUUCCUGAAUCUGCUGCGAAUGAUCAACGAGAGUUUCAUCGAGAUGAGCACGCCCUGGGCACAGCUAUAUGACAUGUAUUCUGGAAUCAUGCAAUAUUUGCCAGGAAGACACAAUCGCAUCUACUACUUGUUAGAGGAGCUCAAGGACUUCAUUGCCUCCAGGGUCAAGAUCAAUGAAGCAUCUUUUGAUCCCCAAAACCCUCGUGACUUCAUUGACUGCUUCCUCAUCAAGAUGCACCAAGAUAAAAACAAUCUCCACACGGAAUUCAACCUCAAGAACUUGGUCCUCACCACUCUGAACCUCUUCUUUGCGGGCACAGAGACUGUGAGCUCUACACUACGCUAUGGAUUCUUGCUGAUAAUGAAGCAUCCUGAGGUGGAAGCUAAGAUUUAUGAAGAGAUUAACCAGGUGAUUGGACCACACCGGCUCCCAAGUGUGGAUGACCGGGUCAAGAUGCCCUACACAGAUGCCGUGAUCCAUGAGAUACAGAGACUGACAGACAUCGUGCCUAUGGGUAUCCCCCACAAUGUCAUCCGAGACACUCAUUUCCGAGGCUACCUUCUGCCUAAGGGCACAGAUGUGUUUCCCCUGCUUGGCUCAGUCCUCAAAGACCCCAAAUACUUCCGCUACCCAGAUGCCUUCUAUCCCCAACACUUCCUGGAUGAGCAGGGCCACUUCAAGAAGAACGAAGCCUUUGUGCCUUUUUCCUCUGGAAAGCGUGUCUGCCUGGGCGAGGCUAUGGCCCGCAUGGAACUCUUUCUCUACUUCACCUCCAUCCUUCAGAACUUCUCUCUCCGCCCGCUGGUGUCGCCCGCGGACAUUGAUGUCACUCCCCAAAUCUCAGGCUUUGGCAACAUCCCGCCGACCUAUAAACUCUGCCUCGUGGCGCGCUGA